GGGAAAGGUGAGGAAUUAUAGCAGCAACCGUGACAGGACGACGAUAUACAACGCUUAACAGGACAAAGGAGAGGCGCUCAUCGCUGGUACGCUCGCUCGUUAGCUCGCCUCUCACAGACACAGACACACACACACACACACACACACACACACACACACACACUGCAGUCCAUCCGCGACCAGCGUCCAGAGAAUGCGCCAUAGUCGGCACGUGGGACCAGUAGAGCUGCCGUCGGUGCUGGUGCUGCUGCUGGUGGCGGUGCUGCAACCGCUUCUACCCCUUAGUGUGGUUGUCGGUGUACCAGUAUUGGAGACCGUGUUCAAGGACAGCCAAAGAUUCGAGGGUGACGCAUGCCGUAUAACGGGUCCACCGGCCCGGACCGGUGUCUGCCGGCAGGCGGCCGCCUGCCCAACUGGUAUCGCGGCCAAGGGUGAGCGGUGCGAGUUCAGCGGCAACAGUGCAGUGGUGUGCUGCCCACCGUCAACCGACACCGGGAGCCGCAUCAUGACGCGAAUAGCGCAGCAGGAGUGCGAUCGGUUCCACGGUGUACCAACCAACCUCAAGGAUCACGUGUCGGGCAACCGGUUCCGGGUGGUGCGGGGCGAGUUUCCGUUUGUCGCCCUGGUGCGCUUCCAGGGCAACGAUGACGCCAGCAUGCGGUGCGGAGCGUCGCUCAUCUCGCCCCGCUUUCUGCUGACUGCGGCGCACUGUUUCAGCGAGGCGCCGCCGGCGAGCGUAACGUUGGCCGCGCUAGCCGUUGACGAUCCCGAGGGCGACACGUACCCAGUGCAGCGGGUGCACAUCCACGAGGGCUAUCGGCGCCGCGACAACGAUAUCGCCCUGCUCGAGCUGGCCCGCGACGUCACCUUCGAGUCAGCCAUCGGGCCAGUUUGCCUCAACACAGACACGGAGCUACCGCUCGGUCCGACCGUCAAUCUGACCGUGAUGGGCUGGGGCAACGACGCCCAGGGUGAGCAGAGCAAGCACCUGUACAAAGGCACCGUGCAGUCGGUACCGACCGGCGAAUGCGCCCAACAGUUCCGCGACGUCGGCAUCAACAACGUCGCGGUCGGCGACAAUCAACUGUGCGCGCUCGGUGCAAAGGCGGGCGAAGAUUUUACCGAUGCGUGCGAAGGUGACUCGGGCGGUCCGCUAGUCGCGACCGUACGCGGCCGUCCCCUUCUCGUCGGUGUCGUCGCGACCGGGGUACCGUGCGGUGCGAAGAUACCGGGCAUCUACACCCGCGUCUCACAAUACCUCGACUGGAUCGAACCGAUCGUGUGGCCAAACAAGUGAGCUCGCAGUGCUGUUACUGCUUAGUAUUAAGUUCACCGAGCAGAAAAGAGCGGCCACGAUGGCGUAAUGGUAAUGAAGGAUCAACAAAAACAAAACUGACGCAUUCUUUCUGGAACGCGAGCGUUCCGGAACCUUGACGAAACUGUUUCCUGUGCUCCGCUGGUAUCUCGAAAUACAUACACAUAUACAUAUA